UCUGAGUGUUGUUCUUUAUUUACUGUCCUGAUUUUAGAACUUUUUAAAUACGGGUAGCCAGAUUUUGUUCAUUUCAUUGUUUCCUCUUUUCUGUUGAAGUUGUCAUGCUUGUGGAUUUCAGUGGCUUCCCUGUGUAGUCUGACAUGGUGGUUGUGAGAGUGGUCCAAACUGUUUUUUGUUUCCUGAAAUGAGCACCAAUAGGGCCUGCCCCACGAUGGAGCGUAUCUAUGGCGCGUGUUGGCCAGGUUUCCCGAGGCCUUCUAGGCAUGAGAACUCAGAGAGCCGGCCCUUUAAGGCUGUCUCCUCAGAGAAGAUCCAGCCAGCCGCCCUGAGAGGGAAGCUGGUCCUGGCCUGGAGAGAGAAGGACCACUUAGGCCUCUCAUAAAAGAAAUCCACCAGGAACUUGCAGUCAAUGGCUCAUGGACCAGCACUGGUACUUGGAACAUCAUUUUGAGUAGUAAUGCCAUACAUAUCUGGCAGUCCACAUAGCUAAAGGCAGUUGUGCACAAGCAAGCAAUCUGAGACAAUAAGUGUGGAUCUUUUCAACAAAAGUAUGAAGCAUUUGGUGGACAUGCUCUAAUGCUCAUCCUCAUCCUAUUCUUCAGAAAAAUCCUCGUUCUCAUAAUAGAAGUUUUUAAGACAGCACUGCUGGUCACAGCUGACCUCCAUCCAGAGCGCUCAAGAGCCAGGGCUUCCCAGUUCUCGGUGUCUAUGCCACAGUUUUUAAGGUUCAGAAGAUUUACUGGGCACAUGAACAAUCUCAUGCUGGCACAGAUAAGAUACAUAUUUCCCAUCAUUUGUUGAUGCUGUGAACAAAAAUGACGCAGAUGUGGGGCAUCCUGCAUUUCUAAAGCAAUGAUAAUUGUAGCUAUUCCAAUCUGCAUUGUGGGAUUAGUUGGGAAUGCAUUAGUUUUCUACUUUCUUUCCUUUAAGAUCAAGAAGACAAAGUUCACUAUGUAUAUACUGAAUAUUACUGUCGGUGAUACUCUUGUUCUGGUCUAUCAAUAUAUAUAUUUCAUGCUAUUUUUGCAACCAAUUCAACUUAGUGGACCCAUCUCACAUUUUCUAGAGUUAAUGUAUGUUUUUGGAGACAACUCUAGCUUCUUUGCAUUAACAAUUGUUUGUCUUGAAAGGUGUUUCUCAGUCUUUCCCCCUAUCAUCCGUCGAUUUAAACGUCCAAAGCAUCUUGCAGUUUAUAUUUCUAUUGCAUUGUGGAUCUUCUCUGGCCUGGUAUCCAUAAUUGAAUAUUAUGCAUGCAGACCAAGAUUCUAUGCAUAUCUGGAGGAAGAUAGUCACCACUGCUAUGUUCAAACGAUAGUCAAAAUUGUCAUUGGGUACGCAAUUUUCAUUCCCCUCAUGGUCUUUUCCACUCUGGCCAUUUUUAUCAGAAUGCUACAAAAAAGACUAGAAAGCAUUCCUGCGGUGUUCGAUUUUACCAUCAUAGCUGUAGUUAUUCUUUUUCUUGUAUUUCAAGCUUCAAUUAGAAUUUUCAGUACUCUAGAAUACUGGUAUGAUUCAAUAGGCCUACCUCUCUUUACAAUAUCUGUCUUAUUUGAUACUAUAUCAAGCAGCAUCAACCCUUUUUUAUAUUUUUUCAUGGGAUAUUUCACUUACGGAAAACGUUAUCCACUCGAAGUUCUUCUUCGGACUGCUUUGCAGGAGGAAAGCAAUACGAUAAAUAGCACGGUAAAUAACACGGUAAAUAACACGGAAAAUAGCAUGGAAAAUAGCACAGAAAAUAGCACGUAAUGACACCAAAGCAGACUAAAACAAAAACUGAUGGACUUCAGAAAUCAAAUGAAAAUAGACAGAUUUAUUCAAUUCCAAGCUGAAAAAUAAAUAUAUUAACAGAU